CAAGAGAGACAUGUAUCUCUUCGAGUAGUGUAUAGCGGAACCCUAACCCUGUUUCGUUCUGCUGGGGCACUGAGAACCAAAUUGAUAAAUUACACAGUAAGCCGAGUCCCUUGGGUUUCGGCAAUGGGUGGAUCUUCUCUCUUUCACAGCAUGUAUUAAAAUAUUAAAUCGUCCGCUUGUGUCCACGGGUGUAUUGGCACCCCUUCAAGGUAUUAACGUUGAUUAGAGACCCGGGGGCAUUCGGGCUGUCCGACCGAGAUGGAUAGGGGAAUUCACGUUCUCGGAUUGGGAAACCUGGGUAAAUACGUUGCCUUCGCGCUGAGGCAGGGGCACCAGACCGACGUGCCUUCUCGUCUUCCGCCCGUGACGCUAUUCUUCCACAAGCGUUACCUCCUCCGGCACUGGGAGAGCGAAAAUCGGUCGAUAUCUUACAUUCCCGAGAUCGACACUCUACCGCCAGAAUCCAGAAAACUUGGGCGUGCGACGGGAUUCCGCGUGGAGCUCGUCGGUGAUGCCGCUGCCGGGAUCCAACCAAGCGAGAUUGAAAAUCAUCCAGGCGUGGUCGUCGGUAGCGAUGCUCCAAUCAGGCACCUGAUUGUUGCGACAAAGACCAUGGCGACAACUUCAGCCAUCGCCCCGAUAAAGCACCGGCUGAACAAAGACUCGCACAUCCUGUUUCUGCAGAAUGGCAUGGGUGUUGCCGACGAAGUGUCGGAGAAGCUCUUCCCCGAUCCAGAGAGCCGUCCGACCUACUGGGCCGGUAUAUGCAGCUCGGGCAUCUACUACAAGUCACCCUUCACUUUCGUUCAUGCCGGAACUGGGGCCCUGUCGGUGGGCGUUGUAGGCGGCGCCUCCCCGGCUUCCGCCGACCUCCCGCCGCCUGCUAACAUGGACAGAAACCCCAUGGUGACACAGCUCCUGGAUGCCCCCCUGCUUGGGGCGCGCCUGCUCUCUCCGGAACGAACUCUGCGAGCCCAGCUGCUGAAGCUCGUUGUCAACUCCAUCAUCAACCCUCUGACGGCCAUUUUUGGGUGCAAGAAUGGGCAUUUGAUCGAGUCCGCCGAGGCGAGAGACAUGUCUCUUCACCUUCUUCAAGAGGCUGGUCUCAUCGUCAGGGCACUACUCCCAAGGUCUUCGGGCGAGCUCGUCGAGCAGGAAUUCACAGACGCAGCCUUAGGGGACUUUGUCUGGGACGUAGCCCGGAAAACCGCCAACAAUACCAGCUCGAUGCUGCAGGAUGUCCGGAAUGGAAAGCCAACUGAGAUCGACUACAUCAACGGCUACCUGGUCUCGCAGGGGCAGAGGCUAGGCUUGCCCACCACGCAUCACGCGAAGAUCUGUAGGAUGAUCAAGCAGCUGGAGUCCGAGCAUGCAAGCCAGCGCUCCCAGGAGACUUGAACCAGGCAGACCAUGUUCA